AUGGAACCCGGCUUCAGUGAAUUGGAUGUGGCGCGCCGAGAGCCCAUGGACUCAUCGAUCGAGGCUAUGCAUCCAUUGGAUCCUCCGCCGCCCGAUGUUCUGUUAGCGUUGUUGGCAAGAAACAAGGCUUUAGAAGCCAGUAUACCAAAAUGUGGAGGCUGUCAUGAGAUGAUAGUAGAUCGAUACGUGCUCAAAGUGUCAGACAGGACUUGGCACGCUGGCUGUUUGAGGUGUGUCGAGUGUCGAGCCAUGCUAUCAGGGAAGUGCUUCGCUAGAAAUAACCAGCUAUACUGCACCGAGGACUUCUUCAAGCGUUACGGCACUAAGUGCGCGGGCUGCGGGCAGGGCAUCCCGCCGACGCAGGUGGUACGGCGGGCCCAGGCCCACGUUUACCAUCUUCGGUGUUUCGCUUGUGCAGCCUGUGCACGCACACUCAAUACCGGAGACGAAUUUUAUCUAAUGGAGGAUGGAAAGCUUGUUUGUAAACCGGACUAUGAAGCUGCGAGAGCGAAAGGUGAAGGUUCGUUGGACGGAGACGCAGCUAGCAAGAGACCGCGAACUACAAUUACUGCAAAACAGCUUGAAACUCUUAAAAGUGCUUAUAGUAGCAGUCCGAAACCAGCUCGCCACGUGAGGGAACAGCUUGCUCAAGAUACCGGCUUGGAUAUGAGGGUCGUUCAAGUUUGGUUUCAAAAUCGGAGGGCAAAAGAAAAGCGACUGAAGAAGGACGCGGGUCGAACAAGAUGGUCACAAUACUUCAGAUCUAUGAAGGGCGGAGGUAGUGGCUCACCGCGUCACGAUCGACUUCUGGAUAAAGACGAGUUGAAAAUAGAUUUGGACUCUUUCAGUCAUCAUGAGUUAAGCAACGAUAGCUAUAGCACUGCUGCGCUGGGUGGUGAGGAGGGAUCACCAGCCGGCGGCGCGGCGGGGGGGACUCGGUUUGGUACCACGCCACCGUAUCUUCGUGCUCAUUCACCCCCCCACGCACAUUAUCAUUAUCCCCCCGAUCACCUCGUAUAUACCAAUAUCGGUCAAUCAAUGGGUGGCACUGGUUUAGGAGUGGGGGCUGGUGGUGCGUCUGAUAUGAGCAGCUCUUCUUCCCCUGCGGCUGGUGGGUACCCUGACUUUCCUCCGUCUCCCGACUCCUGGCUCGGCGAACCACAUCACUAUUCGCCCCGAGGCUACCCCUAG